AUGGAAGACGAUUAUUAUGAAACCAUUGACUUGCACAUAAGAUGGUCAAACGAGCAGGAUCUCGUAUUUACUGUAUCGCCACACGAUACAGUUAGCACCGUUAAAAACAAGAUUAGAGAACUGGCACCACGAACAUCUGAUAAGAAUAUUCGACUUAUAUAUGCUGGAAGAAUCUUGGAAUCAUCACAACCUCUCAGCAAUUACAACAUUGGAAAAAUACAGCGAGCAGAAAACUCCAAAGCAAAGAUACCCCCGCCUCCACCAAUAUAUAUCCACUGCUCAGUAUCUGACUAUCGACCAGAAGAUGAAAAUGUAGAAUCCAAAAAUUCACAGCCGCAAAUAACGCCACUGAUGGGAUUCGACCGGUUACGAGAAGCCGGCUUCACGGAAGAAGAUAUCCGUAAUAUUCGGAUGCAAUUCCAUCAUUUGCAUGGGACGACGUUUGAUGGAGAAAACACGGAACAAACUCGAAAUCUUGAAGAGCAAUGGAUGGAGAAUACUGGUGAGACUUUGCCAGACGGAACCCUUACUGGCACGUACAAGGAAAUGGUGUGGGGAUUAAUGCUGGGUUUUUUCCUUGGCUUGAUAUGCUUAUUUUGGUUCCGUGAGUCUGUAUUCACUAGACGACAUCAAAUGGGAAUCAUUGCUGGUAUCCUGAUCAACUUGUCAUUUGGAGUUUUACAUGUAUAUUAUUGA